GUUCCCAAAGUGGCAGCGCUAAGAAACGUUUCAAACGUACGCCUCUUUGGGCGUCCAACUUUUUAAUCGUGGUAAUCUGCCGCUUAAAACCUAUACAAAAUGACGUUCUCCAAGAACAACAAGAUGCUUAGCCACAUUGGCUACCGCAUGAAGGUAACUAUGCAAGACAGUAGGACCUUCAUCGGCAUCUUCAAAGCCUUUGACAAGCACAUGAAUGUUAUCCUUGCCGACUGUGAGGAAUUCCGCUGUGUACGUGGAAAGAAAAACAAGGAGGAGAAGCAGGAGAAGAGAACGAUGGGCUUGGUACUCUUGCGUGGUGAGACUAUCGUAACCAUGACCCUGGAAGGACCCCCUCCCUCCGAGGAUGGCCCUCGUGUCAAUCUCCCUGGCUCUGCCCCCGGCCCAGGCGUUGGCCGCCCAGCUGGACGUGGCAUGCCUGGUCCCGGAGGUGCAGGACUGCAAGGUCCUGUACGCGGUGUGGGAGGACCCUCACAACAGAUGAUGCAGCCAGCAGCGCGUGCCGGCCCACAGCUCAACAUGCCCCCCAGAGGACCCCCUGGUGGCAUGCCCCCUCACAUGAUGGGUGGGAUGCCCCCACACAUGGGUCGUGGUGGGCCCAUGGGACCCCCAAGUGGACCGAUGAUGAGAGGAGGUCCCCCCGCAGGCCGCCCUUACUAAGCAACCAGCGCAAAGACAGCCCAAGUUUCUUACUUUCAUAUAAAAGUCAAUACAGCAAGACGUCUUUUGUAAAGACAGAAGGUCUUUUUGUUUUGAUGAUUUUAAGUUAUCUGGAUUACUGUAUUUUCCCCCCUCUCUCUCUCUUAUGAAAAAACUUUUCUCAUUUUAUAUUUUAUGCAGGUGUAAUUUACUUUAGUACCUGGUAAGUCAUAUAGCACUCUGAUUUGCAUUAUUGUUAUUUGAGUGUGUCUAUACUUGUAAAAUGAACAUUGUAAAUUUUUUGUUAAAAAAAGAAGAAAAUAGAAUAUAAAAACUGAAAA